AUGAAGUACCGGUGGAAGAUUUUUGUCCUGUGGGUCUUUUGGGUGCCCAACUUGUGACUGACGGCCCCCUACCUGGAUCUGACCCCUGAAUCAGCACUCCAAGAAAAAUUUGAACCUUUGGGCAAGAACUCAGUAAGUAAGCUUGGCAAAGUGUGGAAGAAGACGUUGAAAGUGCUUCCCAGUCCCUUGGUGUGUCAUUUUGAUUUCCACGGUGUGACUUGUUUGGUGCUGAGGAACUCACAAAUCCCACCCGGCUCUGACCUCAGUGACGUGGAUCAGCACCACACGGUCUCCAGAUAGGCGCUGAAGAAAGGGAGGCACAGCAAAGCUUGGGCUUGCCCUUAGUUCCGUCCACUCAGGAACCAAACCACAGGACUCUUCCUUUGUCCCAAGAAUGCCAGUGACCAAGGCUCUUGGAGGCAGCAGUUGCUUCAGCUUUCUAAUCGGGCAUGA